AUGCAGAGCGGAGGCUAUGCGGUGUAUAGGCAGGGACUUGCGGAGGUCUUACAAUUAUACAACAACAAGGUUGAGAGGAAGGCAUCUCUCACUCCAUUUCCGACGAUCAUUCGAUUUGGAAGAGAAUAUAAUAACCAAAUGACUCCACAAGGUCUCAAGUUAUCAUCAAAUCCACCGGUUAAUGCUGGGAAUAAUCACAUUAGUAAUGGUUCCAAGAUGCAACCUUCUCCUCCAAACCGAUGGUUUAAUUUUCCUUCUUGGGGAAGAUGGGUUAUAGGUUCUGCGAUUUCCUUAGUGCUAUCUUUCUGGAACAACGAAAGGAUGCAAAAACUGAAACGGAUCGAAGGAGAGGCAGAGUUAGUUGUGGAAGGGGUAGAGGCUGUAGCAGAAAUGGUUGAGAAAGUAGCUACGGCGACAGACGAAAUGGCUGAAGAAAUGGCAGAGAAAUUGCCUGAGAAAAGUAAACUAAAACAAGUGGCUUUGGUUCUGGAACACGUUUCAGAGGCUGCUGCUCAUGAAGCGCAUGUAACCCAAGAUUUCCUUCACAAGGUGGAGAAAGUGACGCAAGAUAUGGAUGACUUGGAGGCAAUGGUAGAGAAAAUUGUGGGAACAAAGCAACAAGAUGAAGAAAAAGAAGCAAACUCUGAGUCGCCUUCACGCCACUAA